GCUCUCUGCGGUUUAAAGCUUUAACAGAAAUGGAUCAAAUGGUAGAACAAGUAAUACCAUGCCUGUAAGACCUUAGCACCAACUGUUUGAGGUCACCAAGUUUCCUUCGAUCAAUAAUUGAAUUAGCAGCUGAGCUGGUCAGCAGCAGCAACCUCCAGACAAGUUUCAGAUGACUGAACAGUCUAAAUCAAUAUUUGUUCACUCCUGUUCUCUUUAAGCAGCCAGACUCAGUGAAGAUAGAAUAAGAAUAGAAAUUUAAGUACAUGCUCAUUUCUUUCUUACAAUCAUUACAACACAAUUUUGAUUCAUUAAAGGGGGCUUUACUAAGUUAAAGGGGUUUAUCUCCAGCACCAUCUGAAUCCAAUGGUUAAACUAAUUAACUAAAGACUGAUCCUUAAAAGCAGCUUCUUUGAAUGAUAACUGAUGGACAGUAGCUGCAAAAUGGGCUGCGAUAAUCAGCUGAAAGACAGAAAAGGUUCAUUAGAGAAGAAAAAAGUUAUAUUAUAAAGCCUGCAAAUUUUUGGAAUAGGCUCCAGCUUCCCCGCAACCCUGAAUUAGAAUAAAAGGUCAGGACAGCAGGACAGGGAGAGAUGGGGGAUUGGGACUGGGCCAGCAAAUGGAUGGAGGAGGUAAGGGAGGACGGGGAGAGGAACCAACAGCAGCAGAGUUCAAAUCAAAAACCAGAUGAAGGACAUGUCCAGCACAUGUCCUGGUCCCAGAGCCUGAGGACAUUGAGACCCUGGUACAGUUUUGCUCCGGUGGUUGCAGUGUGGUCAGUCUGUCAGCUGGAGAUGCUGCUGCACCCUUCUCUGUCCACGGUGGAGGUGUGCUGCAGGCUGCUGUUAGUCUGUUUGCUAUGGAUUGUUCUGGGGGGUUGUAUUUAUGCCCUGCAGCGCUGCCUACGGCCAGGAAAAUCCCCGGAGGAGCUUCCACAGAGGAAACAGCAGGAACCUGCCACUGAAAGCCAGAAUAACCAGCAUUUAUGGAUGUCUCAAACUCAGAGCUCAGACCUCCUAGUGUCCCUGAUCCUUGCUCUGACUGACAGCUUGCUGCUUUGUGUACUUCAGGAGCCUAUUCCAGACCCAAGUGUGCCCCAUAUUGAAGGUCUCCUCUCCAGACUGGAGGCAGUGGCUCACACACUUCAGAAGGUUAAUGUUGGGUCAGUGGGGAUAUUUGAAGAAGUGGAUCGAGGCUCCAUACUUAAAGACAAACCCAAGCUCAUCUGCACCUAUCUGCAGCAGAGGCUAGAGGCCCUACGCACCCUCGUCCAAGUGCAGGGAGAUUUUGAGGCCAGUGUGAAUGACAUGCUUCAGGGCCUUGAUGGCCUUUGGGCCCAGCUGGAGGAGCUGCAUGCUGGGGUCACGCUAACCAAACAGGAGGGCCAAGGCCACAGAGACCUGGCCUCGGCCCAGACAGAUGCAGAGACUUUAUUUACAGUCUUGGGUCACUACAGAAGCAGACUUCAGUCUUGCCAGGCUCAUCUGAAGGACAGCAUGCGGCUGCUGCAGGAGUUAACCUGGAGUCACACUCACAUCAGCAGCAGGGUGGACAGCAGCAGUGAGUCGGUCUGGCCAGAGCUGCUGCUUCAGUCCAACAUUGAGCAGUUUGACAAGGUGCAGGAGGGCUUCAGCUCCCUGGAACAACAGACUGCUACCUUCCAGGCACACCUGGAGGGUCUUGGAAAAGGAAAUCAGGAUGGAUUUCUCACUCUUACUGACAGGACACAUUCAGGCUCAGCUUCUCCACAAACUUCCCAACAUGUUAGUGAUGUGUCACUGGAAGAACUGACCUCCGCAGACACUCCGCUGUCACUGUGCGAGAGGUCGGCGCUACAGCUCACCUCCACUUUUGGACGCCUGCGCGAAUCUGGAAGGAGGAAGUGAUUUUUAUCACAUGUACAUUUUUUUGACUUGAAGAGUUUUGUAAAUAUCAACUAUAAGGUAUUUCCAAAUGUUGUUUAUUUGCUGUUGCCUUACCUUGAAUAUUUAUUGUUUAUUUUAUUAUUUUGUUUGGGACUACACUCUGCUGUUAAAAUGCUUUAAAAUGUUUUUUUUUUUCUGAAUCCAUCCUUCACUUUGUAAGUUGAUGAGCAGAAAAGAGGAUUAUUCAAACACAAGGGGGCGUUGUUUACCAGUUUCUAUGAGAAUUGACAGAUUGUUUAUUUCAGAGCUUUGCAGUGAUUGAACACAGCCUGCAUUUUCCCGCUGCUUUCUGCUGUGUAAGAGGAAAGCUUUGGACAAGUUUAUCAAAGCCCAAAUCUGUGUUAACUUAACUGAUUAUUAGAUUUCUUUUUACUUGCAAGGAAACAUUGAUGGUUGGAUAUUUGAUUGUUGUUCUAUUGCUACAUUCUUAUGUGUGUGUGUUUUGUUUGAUUAAAUGCAGAUUAUAAUAUUAAAAAACAUUUUUGUUUCUUUAA